AUGUACAGACUGCAAGUGACGCGGGAGUUGUUGUUCCACCCGCCCAACCCACGAGUUGUCCCGCGUCUUCCGACUUCGCUGCCGCCCCCAGGGCAGCAGCAGCAGCCGUCGCCGCUACCACGCCGACAGCCCGUCCCGUUGAUGCCUCCCGCGCAGCUUCCUCCGGGAGCGCCCCAGGUGGUCGCUCCGGCGCCUGCGGUCCCUCUUCAGUCGCCACCGCCUUCGGAGCUGAUGGACGUCGACCCCUCAGCCGGGCCGCCUUCCCAAGCGGUGGCUGUGCAGCUUGUCCUGCAGCCGCUUUCCUUGGGCACCCCCAAGGAGUCUGACACCGCAGCGCCUUGUCCGCCGCCCACUCAGUAG